UCUCUAGUCUUCUCUCCUCCUGCUUUCUUUCUUCCUACAGAUAAAGCAGACUCUUUACCUUGCUCUGAGCACCAACCGUGCCAGAGUUCAGGUUUGCUCAAUAGGGGACCAGCAAUGGCGUUGCUCCCGGCGUUGCUGUUUCUGGUUGCUGUGUUGCUUCCAUUCUUUCCUGCAAAUGGACAGAAGCCAGGUUUUGCUGCUAUGGCAACCGGCCGAAGAGAAGUGCAAAGAGAGAUUGUAAAUAAACACAAUGAAGUAAGAAGAUCAGUCUCUCCACCGGCCAGAAACAUGCUGAAGAUGCAAUGGGACAGCAAGGCAGCAGCAAACGCCCAACGGUGGGCAAACAAGUGUGUUCUCAAACACAGUUCCUCGCAGGAUCGAAAAGUUGGUAAAAGAAGUUGUGGUGAGAAUCUCUUUAAGUCAAGUUAUCCUAAUUCAUGGUCAUAUGCAAUCCAAAAGUGGUUUGAUGAGGGAAAUGAUUUUAUCUAUGCUAUGGGACCAAAACAAAAGAAUAUAGUGGUUGGACAUUAUACCCAGGUUGUUUGGUACUCAUCUUACCGUGUUGGAUGUGGAAUUGCCUAUUGUCCCAAAGAACGAAGUCUGAAAUACUUCUAUGUUUGCCAAUAUUGUCCCAGUGGUAAUAUUGUCGGCAGAAGCCUUACUCCCUACCUCAAAGGAACACCUUGUGCCAGCUGCCCUGAUCACUGUGACAACGGAUUAUGCACCAAUACUUGCGAGUAUGACGAUAUGUAUUCUAACUGUAAAGAUUUGAAGAGCCAAAUGGGCUGCGGAAAUGAUUUUGUCAAGACGAAUUGCAAAGCUGCCUGCAAUUGUUCAAAAAAAAUUUAUUAAAUGCCCAGUAUAGACUGAUCAUGGUUAAGUGGAAGGGAGCCACAUCUACUUACACUUGACAUUUAUUAGCAAAUAAAUCACAUACAUGUUAACUAUAAAUUUGAUUCCAAAUAGUUAUAUCUUUUUCUCCUGGGUCUGCUUUUUACUUUACAGAAAUGUCUUUCAUCCAAAGAAGGGUUCACAUGUGUGGUCUUUAAUUCCUCCUCUGCCAUUCACCCUUCUCACUCAUCUAGCAUCCAUCCCUAUAAUUAAAUUGUUUUUCUUCCUAAGGAGAACCCAACCUUCAUUUUGCCAAAAGCAAUGAAGUCUUCUGAUUCUUCAUCUGUAUAAAUUGUACAGUAGAGUAUGACCACACCUUCUUUUUUUAAACAUCUCUUCUCUUAGACAUAUCUUCCUUAAUGAAGAACUUAAUAUAAUAUACAUAAAUACUCUUUCCUCCAGGAGGUAGAAGUUAUUUUCCUCUCUUUUGAGCCUGGGCUGAACUUAGUGACUCAUUUCCGAAGAGUCAAGUAUGGGAAGGGAGCUACAAUAAUGUCCCAGUAGAGAAAUCUGGCAAAUGCCACUUUAACUAAGUAAUCACAGUAGCAUCAUCUGUAAUAAGUGGACUCAUGUACCCUUCAUCUGAUGUGAUUAGAAAGGCAUUUCACUUCUGUGGUAUUCUUUCUAAAAUCUUGUAACCCAAAUCUCAUCAUGAGAUAAAACAUUAGGCAAAUUUAAAUGGAGGGACAUUCUACAAAAUACCCCUGAUCAUGACUCCUCCAAACUAUUAAAAUCAUGAGCAGUAAGGAAGUUCAGAGAAACCUUUACAGACCAGAUUGACUAAACAAACAUGAGCACUAAAUACAACAUGGUAUUUUGGAUUGGAUCCUGGAAGAGGAAAAGAUCAUUAAGGAGAAAAUGGGUGAAAUCUGAAUAGACUCUGUAGUUUUUUUAAUAGUAAUGAUGAUUUCUUAGUCUUUCCAAAUGUAC